AGGGACUUGUCCCCUCCUCGCUCCCGGGGAGUGUGACGGACUGCAGCGCAGGUUCUUCUCGAGCGGAAGGCGGGGAAACUCAAAGGGUCUCGAGGCCCCCCGGGUUCGAUGGCAUCGCCGAGAUUAAGCGUGGGGCCGGGCGCCCACAUGCCCUCCGGAGCCCCGCUGGCGUGCGUGCCGGGGGCCUGUCAUCCCCCGGGACAUGGCCGUCCCCUGCCCACACGUCCCUCGGGCGGCUUCACCCUUCCCACUGAUUCGGAGCCGCUCGCUGCCAGCAACAGGGAAGGGGCGUUUACUGGGGAGCUGGAGGUCCGGAUGGAGCGAACUCGGGGCGCAGCGGGACGCCCUCCCCUUACGGAACAGCUCUCAGAAAUGCUUCUUUUCUUUUCUAUUAAACGGCAAAAACAUACAGAUUUUUCCUCAAAACAAAUGUGGGGCGUGCGCGGUCCUGGUCUAGAGCAGCUGGUGCGGCGUGUUUACUUCCUGUGUCCCGGGUGCUCUUCAAGGAGGAGGGGGCAGUUUGUGACCGGGGUUUCCUUCUGCCUCUCGAAGUAAUUCGGUAAAGUUAAUCGGAAUCAGACGGUCCCUUCUGAGCGGCCGUCAGACGGGCUGGGCUUUUUCACUCCUAGACUGGUACGUCUGGGUGAGCCCGAGUGUGUGUCUUGGCAUCGGGGCCCGUCUAGUCAUGGAAAACAAACGGACGCCCUUGGCUGCCUGUUUGCACCCAUCUCGCUGCGCCUGUCCUCUCCGAAGGGCCGGGCGGGGAGGAAGAAAGCAAAUGUUCGAGCCGCGUGUGUUUACCCUCUGCGGUUUACAGUCAGGUGAGAGGUAAUUAGGGCCUUGGAAGCUGAGAACCUGAGGACCGGCGUUUGAUGACUUGGGGAUUAGCAGUGUGGAGGUGACAUGUUUGAAAGAAAGGGUUACGUAAGGAGGGAAAGAUAAGGAGAAGGAAGUUUGGGCCCAGGUGACUGGAAAACCUUGGGAAGACCAUAAACAGGAGCACCUUAGAGUGACCGAUGUGGCUUGUGUCUCAGCAGGAGGCUGAAAAUGAAAGCGGGCUGCAGCAUCGUGGAGAAGCCAGAAGGAGGUGGAGGGUAUCAGUUCCCGGACUGGGCCUACAAGACAGAGUCGUCCCCCGGCUCCCGGCAGAUCCAGCUGUGGCACUUCAUCCUGGAGCUGCUGCAGAAGGAGGAGUUCCGCCACGUCAUCGCCUGGCAGCAGGGGGAGUACGGGGAGUUCGUCAUCAAGGACCCGGACAAGGUGGCCCGCCUCUGGGGCCGCAGGAAGUGCAAGCCACAGAUGAACUACGACAAGCUGAGCCGGGCCCUCAGAUACUAUUACAACAAGAGGAUCCUUCAUAAAACAAAAGGGAAAAGGUUUACUUACAAAUUUAACUUCAACAAGCUGGUGAUGCCCAACUACCCGUUCCUCAACGUGCGGUCGAGUGACGCAGAUCACACCCCAGCCCGAGAAAGCAGAUUGCAGGAACUGGCUUCUGACCAGCCGUCGGCCCCGUCUUCGUGGCAGUGCAAAGGCGAGGAAGUCUGACUGGAUUCUGCAGAGCUAGAACCUCUCAGAGGAAAGUCGGAACAGAAGGAAGAGCAGCAGGGGUGUGGCCGAGGGUGCCGCACUGAGAUCCCCGGCAGACGCGUAGCCGCCACCCACACGAGUCGGGGCAGUUCGCUCCAUGCUGCCAUCUCUCCGCUCCUGUCUCUCAUUCUCGUCCCUCCCUCCUGGCCCUGCGGCACACGUUUCAAAAAAAAGGUGGUAUUGGAAUGCACCAGUCUAAUUACGACCUGUUUUCUCUCCUCGUGCCUGAGGGAGAGGCGUUAGGGAAUGAAACCUGUUCUAGC